GAUCGACCGACGUACUAGCCUUACUACAGUUGGGAGAUUGAUUGACGAUUGAGGACGACGAACGACGAUGGGGUCCUGGCUCUCUUCCCCAGACGCCGGCGUCGAGGCUGACGCCGCUGCUGUCGGCUUCCGCUCCCGUGCCCGCCGGGCAAAACAGCGUCGCGACGCCAACCAUGCUCGCUUAUACACCCUCUUCGCCCUCGGCCACUACAACUCCAGGAACAAGGAUGCCAUGUUCGAGCCUGCCGCGGAGCCGGUGGAAGAACCCAAGGCCGCAUGCAUCGGUUUCAGGCAAGAUUUCUGGUACCAUGUCGGCUUUUGGGCUAGCCGGAGGGAUGCCGCCGCGGAUGGAGAGCAACAAUACUUCUUUGCCGAGCUCCGCCUUGAGCGCCGCACCAGACGUCUAGUCGUCGAAACAUGCGCUCUCUUGGAAAAGCCACGCUGCCGUUUCAAAAGCAGUUGUGCGUUUUGCCCAGAUAAAUUUCAGAUUUUCCAUCCAAGCUGCGCGGAGUUUACAUGUGGAAAGAAGAGGCACAAAAGGAAAUUCUUCAGGGAGAGAGAGAUGCUUGGCAGGGCUUUCAUGCUUAGACACGCUCAACAAGACAAAACCUUUAGGUAGGAUGGAAAGAUUCAGCUCUUUGCUAAGCUUCCCGAGCUACAUUUGGAUAUAGGUAUGUAAUGUGGCAACUAUCGAUGAAAAAAGUUAUCGAAGCAUGCUGACUUGGGAUCUAGUUUCGAAGAUCUCGCCUCGAGGAAGCUAGCGAUGAAAGAGGAUCGUUGAUUGGGUUAACUUUAUAGAAUCGCUUGGAUGGUGAUGUCAUGUGUAGUCGCGAAAAUUACAGAGCCAAAGGACUUAACUAUUUUAUUCCUGUAACCUGUAUGUCUGUGCGGGGCUGAGCAAACCCAUUGCUCUCUGCUUGAACGAUCGCCACGGCCACACCAAAGUUGUGUACGUGGCCGUGGCUUGAACCUGUAAUUUCUUUCUCCCUAUCAAUAUAAAGCCUCUCGUGUUCCAGCCUUGCAGGUUUAUCUGGAACCUUUCCGUUUCCC